CACCAAUAGGGUUGCGAAACCAUGAGGUCAACAACAUGCGGAUUCAAUGUCAAAGACACACCGUGUGCUGCGCAUCAUGAAAUCUCUUCAUUAAUGUUGAUCUUUUAAACAGAUAACGUGUCUUUUGAGGCUGCUUGCUUACUUAGUCAUCAUGGCAACGUGUGGAGGAUGCCGGUUCUUUUUCCUGACUCUAAGGACUCUGUGUAGACCACCCAACGCUCGGCCUUUAACUAAGCACAUGACUUUGUCCACCUCUGCAAGGGCUUACUCUCUGGACUCAUUCUCCUCUGGGUCAAGGAAGCCAACAUCUCAGUCCGGCAAAGCAGAGCGAAUCUCUCCGUCCUCUGGUUCCGUUCAAAGGAACCUCUCUCUCGUUGCUGUGCCCCUGAAGGGUCAGUUCCGCCCGCUCUGCCGGUACGACCCUUUAGAUCUGGGUGACGUGGAUGAGAACACACAUAAAGCGUUGGCCUGCAAAAGCCUGAGGCGGUUUAUUGUGGACCCUGCCCUUGCGAGAAUUGUGACCGACCACCUUGCAGGAGACAUUGAAGAUGGGAAAGCAGUUAUAUUUGAGUGCAACCCAGGUCCUGGAGUGUUGACACGUGCUCUGCUGAAUCAUGGUGCUCAGAGAGUGGUUGCACUGGAGAGUGAAGCAUACUUCCUUCCGGAGCUGCAGGACCUAGAGAGCAAGCUAGAUGGGCAGUUGGAUGUGGUUCAUUGUGACUUCUUCAAACUAGAUCCCAUCGGCCAUGGAAGCAUGAAACCACCUGCCAUGUACUCCGAGAAGCUCUUCUCUAAUCUUGGCAUCCCUGAGUCACAUUGGACAGCAGAUGUCCCAGUGAAGGUGGUGGGAAUCUUCUCUCAGAGGAACGAGAGGAGCCUGCUAUGGAAGCUCAUCUAUUGCCUGUUUGAACGCCUUUCUAUUUUUCACUAUGGACGUGUGGAGCUGAUCAUGUUCAUCAGCAAAAAAGAAUACACUAAACUGGUGACCCGUCCAAGAGAUUAUAAGAACUACCAAGCUUUUAGUGUUCUCUGGCAGAUGGCCUGUGAUAUUGAGUUACUGCACGAGGAGCCAUUGUCAUCCUUUUUGACAACCAAGAGGAAUGGAACAUCCACCUCAAAGAGCACAAUGUCCCAGAUUGAUAACCUCUGCUUGGUGCGGAUAACCCCACGUGAGGACUUGUUUUCCUCCCAUCUCACUCCCUUAAAUGGCAGCACUCUGGUCAUAAUGGUGAAACAAUGCCUUGCUAAAAGGAAAAGCAGGCUGAUUGAACAAAUUAAUUCAUGGAGUCCUGGCAGUGGGCCAGACCUAAUUUCAAAGCUUGGCUUCUUUAAUGACACCCUGACAGGCGACGUUUACCCAGAUGAGUACAAGCGCCUGUUUGAGUUAAUGGAGCAGUCAGGAAACUUCACUGAAAGCUGGCUUUACGAAGAGACCUUGGAAACCAAGAACACUGGCCGCGGGUAACAUGGCCUGGGACAUAUUACCUGCAGAACUAAUCAUGGAUGAAAAACAACUGCUUGAUAAGCAACAGACUGUAUUGCUUAAAAAGAGACUCAGAUUUUAUAUGAGGACAAACUCUCCUGGUUAAUGAUGGCAAAUAAGUAGACUAACAUGUCUAUGAAGUCUUUUGAUAAAUUAAGAUUCCUGAAAUGUGGAUUGGCAGAACAGUUUUUUGUCAGCAUCCUUAUAGGUUGUCUGUGACUGAUGGUUGAAUACCUUUGAACAAGUUUGGAGACCUUCCCUAAAAUUUGUUGGUAUUGAAAUAAAAAGUAGUUUUGCCACGAAACGCAUUAAAUAACCAUUGUAUGUGUGUGCGCUAAAAGUGCACCAAAACUGCUUAAUAGCUUAAUAAUCACUGGAAAAUAUUGCAUUUUCAUUAUAGAAGAAAUAUCCAUUUGUAAUCCUAAUUAAUAGGACAUUUCCAACUCAAUUAUUAUGUAAAAUUUCAAACACAUUUUUUUUUUCACAUGUAUGUUUUGAAUGGUUGCUGUAUUUAAAUGAAUAUAUGUAUUUGUAAUAAAAUAACAGAAUAAC